AUGCCUAAGGUGGAAUAUCUGGGCCAUAAGUACGGAUCCAACAAGUCGAAUGAGCUGAAUUACGGCAUCGCGGAGAAGGAGGUAUUAGCCCUCCUAAGAAUCCUGGAUCUUAACUACAAUGCACUGGUCGGGCGUCCGAUCCAUGUGUUGACCCGACACUCUACUUUGGCGUGGCCCUUCAUAUCCAAAGCCUUGCAGGGACGUUUAGAUCAGUGGGCUGCUCCACUGUCGCCAUGGACUCUCGAGAUUAUCAAGUGCGUCAAAGGGAAAGAUGAGAUUAAAGAGGAAGAUGAGAGCCUGGGAGCAUUGGCGGCGAGAAUUACGCCUAGAUCACAGGUGGAUAAGGCGCUGAUCUCGAUUGCCCCUAAGAAGGAGCCACGGCGCAAGAUUCAGGCUCCGAUCCCCACUAUUAGACGCGACGAAAAAAUUUACGUCAGAGGUGGAGGCGCCUACAGCGCGAUCCUGUGGAAAUUGCCUGAAUGGAGAGUGCUAAAGGCCACAUCUGGCUACGCUGAAGGGCUAACAGUGAACGAAGCCGAAUAUCAUGGACUGUUGUUGUGUUUGGAUAUGUUGGAAGAUCUGGAUCCACGACGUCUAGUGAUACGUGGGGACACGAACCUGGUGAUCCGACAAGUACGAGGUGUGAUCGAUUGUAAGGCACCGGGUUUGACACUGCUGCGCCAGCAGGCUCUGGAUCGACUACGUACUUGGCCAGAUCCCGAGCUGUUACAUGUUAAACGAGAUUGGAACGGGAGUGCGGACAGCUUAGCAAGCGCCGCUCUGCAGCGACAAUGUGGGAUCCAGGUCGAGUCUGAAAAGGAGAUCCAGGAUCUAGUAACCUUGAACCGGUUGGAUGAGAUCCUGAUAGUGAAGAUCGAAGACGAGAUCGCGCAGAUAUCUGCCGUAACGACCCGAUCUAAGGCUAGAUCUGGAGUGCGUAUUGGAUCUGAUCCAGACUCACUACGGGAGGAAGUUAACUGGCGGAUCCGGCAAGCACAAGAUGAAGAGUCGUGGAUCUUGGGUCUGAAGAAAUAUUUGGUUGGAGAGAUCCGGGAUCUGACACAAGAGGAUGCUAGGGUGUUUGGAUCGAUUGCCAUGAAUUACGAAGUGGAUCAGUCGGAUCUACCCUUCUACUGCCCGACAACUAAGGAGGCAGCUGCGGAUCGAGACAAGUUGAUGCGAUUGGUAAUACCUGAGGCGCUUCAACAGGACAUUUUGCACCACUAUCACACGAGCCUGCAGGGUGGCCAUCAAGGAAUUGGUCGGACCUAUGAUCGGAUCCGCGAUCGCUUCCACUGGAGAGGGCUGUAUAAGAGCGUACAGCGUUAUGUGGGAGAAUAUGUUGAUUGUGAAACAGUCAAAGGACGACCUCGGAUCCAGGGUGAGUCACCUGGUAACCUUCAGGCAACAUGCCCAUUCCAGAUCAUUGCCAUGGAUCACAUACCUUCGCUGCCUAAAUCCUUCAAUGGCAACACCGAACUGUUGAUCUUCGUGGAUCUAUUCUCGGGAUAUGUGAUCGCCAAAGCCAGCGCCUCUAGAUCCGCUCAAACGAUCGCUGAGACCUAUGAGGAAUGCGUCUUCCGCAGAUUUGGUGCGAGCGAGGUGAUCCGGCAUGAUCGGGAGCCAGGUUUUAUGUCUGACUUUUUCAAGUCCUUCAACAAGAUCUUGGGUCAACGGCAACGCACUACUAUGGCUUAUCGAACUCAGGCUAAUGGAUCCGCAGGCGCAGAAUGUAUGGUCCAGACGGUGACCAGGGCCCUUAAGAUGUAUGUGCAGGAUCUGGAUCAACGUGAUUGGGAUGAACACGCUGAACGACUCACCUUCGCUAUCAACACCGCAAGGGAUCGGAUUCAAGGUGAAACCCCUUUCUACAUGAUACAUGGUUGGGAUCCUAGAUCUACUCUGAAGGCGAUGAUCCCGGUGGGGAGUACUCGCAGGCACGAUCGAGAUCUGAGAAGGUGGAGAUAUCGGAUGCAAAAGUACUACAGACAAGCUCGAGAACAAGUGAAUCAGCGUUUACGCGAAGCAAUCGCGGAUCGAGCCGACACCCAUAAUGAUCUGGUACAUCCACACCUUGUGGAGGCUGGAUCAAAAGUCUGGUUGUACUUAGAUCGAGUGCAGUACUUAGAUCGAGUACGCGAAGGAUAUGCGAAGAAACUGGCGCACCUAUGGCAUGGGCCGUUUCGCGUCGCUGAGAAGAUCGGGGAAUAUGCAGUGAGGAUCAAACUGGUCAAGAUAUUUCGAGAUCGAUCAGUAGCUCGCCUAGAGGAGCCGGAUAUAGAUCGGGUGGAUUUCGAUGAAGCUCUCCUCCCGGAAGAUAGUUGGAUCCAGGAUCGGGGUCCAGAUGAAUACGAAAUGGAUCGAAUUUCUGAUAUGAGGACUGGCAAGAAGACCAGAUAUGGACGGAUCUAUCGAGGAAUUUUGGUACAUUGGCGCGGAUAUGAAGAAUCGACUUGGGUGGAUGAAGCAGAUCUCAAUUGUUGGAUGAAGCAGAUCUCAAUUGCGGCGCUCUUCGUUAUGAGUUCCUGCAAGGUCGCACUAAUCGCAACCGGGUUGGUGUGA